AUGGCCACCUCCCUGACCGAACGUCUUCAUGCCCCCUCACGUACUCUUCAGACAAAGAAGACCCGCCCAUACAGCACUUGCAAACGGACGGUCAUUAAGCGCACUGACACUGAACGUGCCGUGGCGAAAGCUCGCAAGCAAGAGGAGCGGCUGCAGCUCAAGGAUGCAUUGAAGGCCACCAAGAAGCUCCUUAUGCAAGAAGCUAUCCGCAUGCGUGAGCGGUUCGGAGGGCACUCCGUCUCUUACUACUACGAGAAGAUUAUGCAAACAAGCCGAAUCAACCGUGGAUGCCGUGCAGUUAGUCUAUGGAAUGCCUUCCUCGCCGUUGAGAUGAAGGCUCGAAAAGAUGAGGCGGAUGAGGACGACAGGCUUGUGAAGGUCUCUGAGAUCAGUCAUGCGGCCUCUGUCAAGUGGAGCAAGAUGUCCUCGAGUGAGCGCAAGAAGGCUGCAGCCCCUGGCAUUGAGCUUGUUGAAGAGGCUCCAGCCCAAGACGCUCACAAGACACUCAACAAAAUAGAGCACAAGAUGCGCACUCUACGUGCUCGUACUGGUGUUGAGUCAUUCCUUGUUGCUGUACGAACCAGGCCUGAUCAAUAUGGGAAGCCAUUUGCCACCGUCAGCAGCAAGCGUGGCGAAGAUUUCUUCAACUUAUCAGUCCGUGAGACUAUGCCCGAGUUCGCACUUCGCUUUGAGGCUUUUUGUCUCUCAGGGGUGCAAGGUGUUGCCAGCAACUAUGUCCAGCAGACCAUACAAAUGAAGCAUGAACUCGCUGCCUUGAUCCUGUCCAAACUUGCGUCAUCUCAACAUUUCAUUUUAGGCGAGACCGCUGGCAUCCACGUUCCUCGGAUGUAUUAUACCAACUUCGAUGACAACAUCACAGCCAAGUAUGCUGUCAUCCUCGUUGGCUGGCCCCUUGACAAGUUCUGCAACCCAAGCGAGAUGGGUUCUUGCACCGAGGUCGCAUUGGUCCACGCAUCAUUCAACUCAGGUGCCAUGAGGUUUGAAAAGCUCUCUGCAGAGGCCUUCACAGCCUGGGAGGAAGCGCGAUUCAACGCGGCUGUCUCCACUACGACUCACAAUGAUUCACCACUGGCACAAGUUGAGACACCUUCACCUGCGAUGGAGGUUGAUGCCAAUGCCACUGCGUUUAGCUCCUGA